AUGGCUAAACUGACGUGUCUCCUGGGACUGAUGGUGCCUGUGAUGAUUGAUACUGUACUGGGCACCGGCAAGAUCGCUGUCAAGGUCACCAGGUUCCUUAACCCAAGUGGGCGAGACAAGAACAACGUCUGCUGUGAUGGUUUGAAUCUGCCCACCGGGUGUCCAACUGGUAACUGUGACAACAGUUUCCUGCUGUGUGGUUCCAGUGCUGCCAGUAUUGCCAGCAUCACAGACUGCGACUACGGGAUCCACCAGUUUGACGGUCAGAAGGACCAGAAUAGCAACAACUUCUCCGACGAUGAAUCAUUGUUCCCCUUCGACACCUGGAAGGGCAGCGUGAACCUCGGCAUUAACGUCACCGAUCUCGACACAGACGGCGUGAUGAUCAUUGACAACUUCUCCGUCAACUUCACAUCCACAGUAUUCCCUUCCUACAACACCGCCGCCUACAGAACCCUGGACCUAACGGGUGACAGGCCUAUCAACCCAACCAGCCUGCGAGUGUUAAUGACGGCUUAUUGUGACAGAUACUACUUCAGGGAAGACUGCUCCAAACGUUGUGUUCCGCAGGACAACUGUGACGGCCACUACGGGUGUGACAGCAGCGGCAACAUUGUCUGCAGACAGGGAUGGACUGGAGCGCAGUGUCGUCAGUCUGUAGCUGGGUCUAUCACAGACUGCGAUGUGUAUGAUGGUCUGGCAAAAACGUCCUGGGCGGGGAAUGUCAUGUGCAACUCCACACAAGCCAUCACCUUAAACAUUGCAAGUCAGGACAACAAUGGCGGAGUGUCAGGGUCAUUGAAAACCCAAGGGGAGGUAAUGCUGAUUGGAGGGAGUUUCAACACCACCACAAAGAAACUCAUGCUAAAUGUCAACAAAGACAAUACAAGUAAUGUUGACAUACAGGUUCUUGCCACGAGGGAAAAUGACACCAGACUAUCCGGGACUGUUUACAGAGAGAAUGAAACAUGCAAAAUGGAACUUCUCCAGUCCACUGGCUCGUUCGAUGCUUGUGGGCAGGGGACCUGUAUUCGCUACGGGCGGAAGCUGGACAACUUCUACUGCUGUUGUGAUGACGGCAAAGCGGUAGCCAGCUGUAAAGCAUCAGCGACAACGACGUUGACUACACCAUCUACAGAAAUGACGUCACCAACUACAAGGUCGACCGUCAGCGCAGCUAACACGUCGUUACCUAUACCAUCUUCCUCCAUUGCUACUUCUACUGAUACAACUACAUCGAUUUCUAAUGACACUGAUACAACUACAUCGAUUUCUAAUGACACUGAAGCAACUACAUCGAUUUCUACGAACGCAUCGACUCCAGUUUCUUCUCCUUCACCUUCACCUUCACCUUCGACUACCACUGAUACUACUACGUCAACUACAAAUCCAACGACAUCCGCAAUGUCCUCCCUCAUCACACACGCAGGCAACUAA